GGAUUUGUUUUUUUUCCCAAUAGCCCGUGGCUACCUGUGACCCGUGAACCCGUCCACAUUCAUAUCGAUAGAGGUUCCAAUAAUUAUCAUACCCAAAACACAUUCUGAUUCGAGUACCUUUUUUAUCAUUAUAAAGAAACCCCCUAAUCGAAAGAAAAUUUGUGUAAGAAAAGAAGGCAAUGGGUUCAGUUGAGAAGAGUGAGGAAGAAUGGCGGGCCGUCCUUACUCCCGAGCAGUUUCAUAUACUCCGCCAGAAAGGCACAGAGCGUAGAGGCACGGGGCACUAUGACAAGUUCUAUGAAGAAGGGGUCUACAACUGUGCUGGUUGCGGGACACCUCUCUACAAAUCGACUACUAAGUUCGACUCUGGCUGCGGUUGGCCCGCUUUCUUUGAAAGUCUUCCUGGAGCCAUUACCCGAUCUCCGGAUCCUGAUGGCAGGAGGACUGAGAUCAGUUGUACUGCUUGCGGUGGGCACUUGGGGCAUGUGUUUAAAGGUGAGGGGCAUUCAGUGCCGACUGAUGAGAGGCAUUGCGUUAAUAGUGUGUCCAUUAAGUUUGUUCCAAAUUGAGCUUCUUUGUGCUUUGAGUUAUCACAAGGAACAGAAACUACUUGAGUUGUGUUUCCUGAUUUGAACUGUUGUCUAUGAUGGUUAUUACUUAUGGUUGAUCUAAUCUGGUUUGCUUGCACCUGUGUUUUCUCAUUUAUUUUCUUGUUUCUGUUUCUGGCUGUAUUCAAAGCAUUACAACAUUUUGUCUUAGGGCUUUCACUCUAUGCUAAUUCAAUUAAUUAAUAAUAAUAAUCUCAAUUAUAA